AUGUCGCCUCAGCCUACAAGCAAAGCCGCGCCUAUUGUCAUCGUCGGUGCCGGUGUCUUCGGCUUAAGCACCGCCAUACACCUCGCAGAACGCGGCUACACGAAUGUCAAGGUGCUGGACAAGCAACCCUACCACGAGUCUCUCUACUCAUAUACCAAAGGCUGCGAUGCUGCCUCCGCCGACACGAACAAGAUCAUCCGAGCGGCCUAUGGCUCCCAGGUCGAAUAUCAGACGCUCGCCCUCGAGGCAAUUGUGGAAUGGAAGAAGUGGAACGAUGAAUUAAAGACAGGAAAGAAUGUUCCCGCUGGAUUGACCACCGAAGACGUGCUCUUUGUCAACAACGGGAACCUCACGCUGAGCUCGCAUGAGACCCUUCCCGACUUCGAGAAGGAGACCAUCGAGAACAUGACCAAGGCCGGACUCGAAGCAACACAGGUUGUCCUCAACAAUCCCGACCACGUCGCUCGCGCAGCAGCAAAUGGGUUCGGAUUUGCGGUCAACCCCCUCAAGCGCGACCAGAAUCACGGCCUUCUCGACCUCCAGGGCGGAUUUGUGUAUGCUGAUAAAGCUUGCUGUUUUGCUCUUCACAAAGCAGAGCAGUUGGGUGUUGAAUUCAUACUCGGAGGCAGCCAAGGAACGUUUGCAGGAUUUCUUCAUGACGGAAGUUCUCGCAUUGCUGGUGUUAAGACCGCAGAUGGCGUGUCCCAUCCAUCAGAGUUGACGAUUAUGGCUUGCGGAGGGUGGACUCCAUCUCUUGUUCCUCAACUCGACAAUCUAUGCGAGACAACGGCUGGAAGCGUGUUUAUGUUCCAAUUGCAACCAGGUUCGCCACUAUGGGAUCGUCUGGCGCCAGAGAACUUUCCAACGUGGACGUAUGACAUCCGAGAUGGAAAAGUCGGUGGUCUGUACGGCUUUGCUCGAGACCCGAGUGGCAUUGUUAAGAUCGGAUACCGGGGGAUGAAAUUCACGAACCCCCAGGAGCAGCAAGACGGAGUGGCCAGGAGUGUGCCCAUCACGCGGUGGACGGAGCCAUCAACCCGCCAACUCCCCUCGACAGCAGCGCACGUCAUCCGGGGUUUUGUCCAAGAGCAUCUGCCAGAGCUGCUCUCAUGCGAGGUCAAGAGCCGGUUAUGCUGGUACACCGACUCGUUCGACAACCACUUCGUGAUUGACUUUGUGCCUGGAGUCGAGGGUUUGAUGGUCGCAACAGGAGGGAGUGGCCACGGCUUCAAAUUCCUGCCAAACCUGGGAUCUCAUGUCGUCGAUUGCAUCGAGGGCAAGCAGAACGGCUAUCUGGACUUCUGGAAAUGGAGGUCGUUGGGGCCAGGCCAAACGCCGUACAACAGUAUCAACGAAGGCGAAGGUAGUCUGCGCUCUUUACACCGUCAGCCGUUGACUGGGGAUGACUCCUUGGCUCCCAGUACCAGCCAUCUAUAA